AUGUAUGCGAAUAUGAUCGAGCAGCAAACUGGGGAGAUUAACACCGUAUCUACUAGCUGUUUACCAACAUUUUGGAUACAAUAUCCCCAGCUUUGGUUUUUCCAGGCCGAGUCAUUUUUUGAAAUUAAUCGCAUACAUAGGGAUGUCUUAAAAGUUCAUUAUGUGAUCUCUAAGCUCCCACCUGAAUUAUUACUCCUGGCACAGGAUAUCUUGAAGACAAGCCCCACAUACCAGCAAUUAAGGGACUUUUUAAUUCGCGAGCUUAGCCUUAGUGAGCGUAAGAGAGUGCAACGUCUACUUAUAGAAGAACAGUUAGGCGAUCGCACUCCUACUCAACUACUGCGAGCCAUGCAAGCUCUGGUAGGUGACAGCCCUCCAGAGAAUUCCAUCUUUAGGCAGUUAUUUUUGCAACGGCUCCCUACUCACGUACAACAAAUACUGGCUAACGCUCAUCAGGAUACCGACUUGAAAGACCUAGCCCUUAUGGCUGAUAAAAUAAUGGAAAUACAAGCACCCACGAUCUCAAUUUCUUCGCCUCCUAUAACUGACGACUCGCUUGUAAAAGCUGUGCACUCCCUGCAGCAGCAACUGGCCUCCAUCUCCAUCACCCACCGAAACCGUAAUUCGCGGUCAGGCCAGCGGCGUAUUCGCAGCGCUAGUCGUUCACGUGGCAUUUGUUGGUAUCACCGUAGGUUCCGUAACAAAGCUCGGAAAUGCAUAAAGCCGUGUCGAUUUUCCAUUUCGGGAAACGAACACGCCAGCUCGUAA